UUUUUCUUCCAUUGUCAGAACAAAUUGCUCAGGAAUAUCAUAUGUUUAGGUGAGAGCGAAAUCAUACGCAUUUUGCGUGUGCACAAAAAGGGUCCACUUGCAGAGGAUAGUUAUUAUUGUCUUGUUUGUUGCUUCAAAGAUUCCCCGUGACGAUAGCCGUUUCAGUGGCCACUUUUUCUCGAUAUAGAAGAAGCAAAGAAACUAGUUAGAAAGGUGGUGCAACGUAGAUGAGACGGCAGCAGCAGCAUCAUCGUCAUCAUCAUCAUCCCUUCCGAGUGAGCAUAAAUCAAGAUGGCAGGGCCCAUCGACACUAGGAAACGUUCUCGCGAGGAAGAACAGAAUGAAUUUAUGCCCCUUUCGAAACGCAUCAACAAUCUGCAUCUUAACAACAACCAGAACAGUAUUGCGGCAGGUGUCGUACUGCCGGAGCAGAUCGGCGGCGCUGGUGGGCCCCACGAUCAUCAGCUGCUUGGGGCGGUCGGUUCGUGUGGAAUGAACAUGCACAACAAUCACCACCAUCAUCAUCAUCAUCACCACCACCUGCAUCCGCAACACCUGAUGGGAGUAAUGGCCGGUGCCAGCUCGAGCAGUAGCAAUAGUAGUAACAGCAAUGGCAGCAGCAACGGAUCGUUUCCAAUUCCGGCCAACAGUGGAAGCAACAGUCCCGCGUCGACCAUUUCAAUUAACGGCGAAAUCCUGGGCGAUUACUGUCCCGUGCUGAGCGCGGAGGAAAAUCCACACUACUUCACUAAAAAUAAGAUCCUGUACGAGCUGUACGUCGAGCGGAUGAGCCGACUGCAGUGAAUUCCCACCAAAAGAAGAACCAUCGUAGGGGUGUUUAAUUCUUAAUGCGUUAACUACAGAUUUUCAUACCUUUUU